UAAGAGUUACAAAAACUCUCUUUUCUCUUCUCUCUCUCAAAAGUCUCUGUUUGAGAGCUUUCAGCCAUGGCUUCGUGUACAAAUUACCAACGCAUGCUGUUAUCCCCUGUUAUGAUCUUCACCGCUAUGGCGUUGUGCUUAUUGGUUAACCCUUCCAUUAAUGCUGAGCUUCCAAGGUUCAAAGCGCACCCUGUAAAAGCAGAGCACCCUCUUAACUUUUUGGUCGUUGGAGAUUGGGGAAGAAAAGGAUUCUACAAUCAAUCUUUGGUCGCAAAUCAGAUGGGAAUUGUGGGGGAGAAGCUAAAUAUAGAUUUUGUGAUCUCAACCGGUGAUAAUUUUUACGAAGAUGGCCUAAAAGGAGUUGAUGAUCCAGCAUUCUAUGAGUCAUUUGUCAACAUCUACACUGCCCCAAGUCUGCAAAAGAGAUGGUAUAGUGUUUUGGGUAACCAUGACUACAGAGGUGAUGCUGAGGCACAAUUAAGCCCCACUCUAAGACAAAAAGAUAACAGAUGGGUUUGCCUGAGAUCUUUUAUCCUUGAUGGAGAAAAUGUGGAAUUUUUCUUUGUGGACACAAAUCCAUUUGUAGAAGAGUACUUCGCAGACCCUGGAGAGCAUACCUACGAUUGGGAAGGAGUACUUCCUCGCAAAGAUUACAUUUCAAGACUCUUGAAGGAUGUUGAUUCAGCUUUGGCACAAUCCAAGGCAAAAUGGAAGAUAGUGGUUGGUCAUCAUGCUAUCCGAAGUGCUGGGCAUCAUGGUAAUACACAGGAGCUUAAUGAGCUACUUCUUCCCAUCUUAAAGUCAAACAAUGUUGAUCUAUACAUUAAUGGACAUGACCAUUGCUUGGAGCACAUAAUUGACAAAAAGAGUGGAAUUCACUUCUUAACAAGUGGAGGUGGAUCAAAGGCAUGGAGGGGCGAUGUCAAGCCAUGGGACCCUGAAGAAAUGAAGCUGUAUCAUGAUGGACAGGGAUUCAUGUCCGUGCAGAUCACAGAAACCAGUGCAAAUUUCGUUUUCUACGACGUGUAUGGCAAUGCUUUGCAUAGGUGGAGCAUAUCCAAAGAACUUUCACAGCAGCCUGAAGAUAAUGAGCUAAAAGCAAGCAUAUAACCGGCGUUUGAAAUGUACUAUAGAGUUCAAAUAGAUAUCACUCCAGCUGAAAAUUUGGAGUUAGAAAUGUACUAUUUGUAAAGGCUUAAAGGUCCAAAGGCCCCUGAGAUUACAAAGGGAAUCAAAUCCAGGACCUGGAAAAUUUUCGCAUCAAA